CUGCGCUGGGUGGGCGGAGCUUAUGCGGUCACGUGACCGCGACUCCGCCCUUAAGUACGUCACGACUCGUCGAGUCUGCAAAACAACACGUACGACCAGAGCGCGGUUAUAACGCGAGAUUAACGAUCGAUAGCUGCGGUUCGCGGGCAUGACGGCGAGAUCCGUGUAAGCGCAGGUGAAGCGUGAGGCUUGCAGUAUCGACGGUCGGUGGAUUCGGCGAUGGACCGCGGCGGGUGUCGGUUGAGCGGCGGCGGAGGCGGUAUGAUCACGCUGGAGGAUCUGGAGUCUGUGUCGGAGGAGCAGCUGUCAGUCAGCCCCGAGGAGGAGCAGCAGCAGGAGCAGGAGGAGAGGCUCCUGCAGUACUGGAGGGAUGUGGCCCGCGGACACCAGGUGGAGGUGCCGACAGACAUGGCCGAACCCAUCCAUCAGAUCACCACCAAUAACGAGGGCGCGCACACGCGGGAGCAGGUGCCCUACACGCUCAUCACACGCAAGGAGAAGUGCGGGGAGGUGGUGUUCGAGAAGCGUCACUAUGAGAAAGCGCACUGGGCCUGUAUCACCGUUCACGAGGACACGUAUGAACAGAGCAUCUGCUACGGCUUCAUGAAGAUCAUGAGAUACAUCUGCCAGCAGAACUCAGCAGACAGUUAUCUGGGAAUGACGAUCCCCAUCGUGACAGUGGUGCGCACCGAUGAGAUGCACACGACUCUGUCGCGGGCCGUGACCGUAGCGUAUUACCUGCCCCCCCUGCACCAGAGCGAGCCGCCGCGGCCGCACGACCCAGAGAUCACCAUCGAGCAGUGGCCUGCAGCUAUCAUCUACACCCGGCCGUUCACGGGCGCCACUAACGAGCUGACCAUCAUCCACGAGAUCAGCAGUCUGGCCGAGGCUCUGGAGCGUCCGGCCGCCUGCGUCAGCGACUCCUUCAUCGUGGCCGGAUACACCAACCCCGCGGCGGCCCACCGGCAGAACGAGAUCUGGUUCCUGGAGCGGCCCUGAGCCUCCCCUACCCACAAUCCUCUGCACCUCUCAAGAGACCGCAGUGGAGCGAGCGCAGGGCGUUACAGCCAUCCUGUAGUUCCUGAUUCCCCGUCAGCAGAACAUGUUUAUAUGCGUCACACUGAUUAUAAGCUACACAAACUGGACGUCAAUCACUCUGUGAAACACUGUUGCUGUAAGACAAUCAUCACGUACCUCUCGUCUUCUGUCUGUCUCUCGCUCUAGUAGUGAUGAUCAACAAAUCGAUAUAUAAUAGAUGCACAUAUAUCUAUAUAUUAUAUUCUCAUAGUGCUAUUUUUGUUAGGUAUAUUUUGAAACUUCUGUUACGAGCACAGAUGUCAAACAAACACAAUGAAAGAGUUUUCUGAAUGAAGUGUCUGACCAGGGCUUGACGGCUGGGAAUGUAAACGUUCGUCUGUCCUCAGUAUAAACACUACAGCCACUGUGAAUUCCUGAAUGCUUCUGUUCAUAUUUCUGUUCUGAUCUGAAUAAACUAUUACUGAACCACACCAGCGCCUUCACGCAUGAACUGGUC